AAUGCAAGGAUUUGAGUCCCGCGUGCCGUUUGCAAAGCGAGAGGGAGCAAUUUGUGCAGAAGAAACCUGGGAAUUGACAGCCCCUCCCCGUCCAUCAGGGUCAGCGAGGGAGGGCGGCCAGAGUCCCCCCACCGACGACCCAGCAGCAGCAGCCGCCACCAACCCUGCAGAAGGGCCCCCUCUUUCUCCCUGUCGGCCGCUUCGCUCACGGGGCCCCCUGGACGCUUCCGCUUUUACGGUCCCGCCGGCCAAUCAAGCGGCAGGAGGAGGAGGAAGGGCGGCGGCGGCUGCCCUCCAGUGGCCAAAGGUGUGAAUUACAAGCGCGCACCACCACCACCACCACCACCACGCGGCAUUUCUCAGGUUUCCAGUUUGCUUUGAGAAAGUUGGGGAAUGCCAUCCCGAGGCAAGAAAAGAGGCCGAGGAGCCUUGAAAGAUACCAAAGAACCUGCCUUUAAAGUGGCCAAGUCUGAGAUCUCAGGGGAGGGAGGGGAAUCAGUGCCGGUCAAAACAUCUGGAGAAAGAAACCCAGGAAAAACCUCUGCAGGAGAAGCCAGCACGAAGGGAACCAAGAAGACCUACACCCAUUGGCUGAUGAAAUCUGAACCAGAGAGCAGGAUGGAGAAGGGAGUUGAUGUAAAGUUUGGCAUUGAAGAUUUAAAAGCACAACUUAACCAGACGGCAUGCUGGGAUGGAGUCAGGAAUUACCAGGCACGGAAUUUCUUGAGGGAGAUGAAAGUGGGGCAGAUGGCCUUUUUCUAUCACAGUAACUGCAAAGAGCCUGGGAUUGCUGGCAUUGUCAAGGUGGUGAAGGAGGCCUAUCCAGACCACACCCAGUUUGAAAGCAAGGAUCCCCAUUAUGAUGCUUCCAGUUCCAAAGAAAAUCCCAAAUGGUGUAUGGUCGAUGUCCAGUUUGUGCGAAUGACCAAGCGCUUUAUCCCCCUGGCGGAACUGAAGCUUCAUCACCAGGCACACAAAAUCUCAGGUGGCGCCCUGAAAGACAUGACCCUCUUUACCCGCCAGAGACUCUCUGUGCAGCCCCUAACCGUGGAGGAAUUUGAGUUUGUUUUAAGCCUGGAGGAAGAAAAGCAACACUGAGAACAAAUUGCUGUGCUGAAUCGGCACAAUGUGCUGACAAGCUGUAGCAGAUUUACACUGGCCUGUGAGGAAAUCUCUGGAAUUAUGCCAAAGAUGUAUGUUGUUAUUAGGGGUUAUGUGGUUUUUUGAAGUAAAGUUUGUCAUUAAAAAAAUGAAA